UUCACAACCACAUUUCAACACAAGUUGGCGUGAAGUACCAAUACGUUUACUGAGCGCUUUCAUUUCUUCGCGUAGAGAACUUCACAAGUUAACAAAAUAAGAAGAAAAGUGCCAGGAUGGCGCAAGCAUGCACGUUUGGUUCAGUAAAGUUGAUAUUGGUGACCUUCACGUCAAUUAUCAGUUGUCUUGGAGCCGCUCUCCUAGCCAUUAGUAUAUAUCUGUACGUGAAUGAAGAUGGUGUCGCUCUGGCAGAAGAAGAUCUUGCCGGUUUUGAUUCAGGAAUUGUUAUUUACAUAUGCAUGGGAGCUGGCGCAGCAAUGAUUGUUUUCUCAAUAAUUGGUCUUAUUGGUGCUAUCACCAAGAGCUCUGGAACUUUGUACUUCUUCAUGGUGCUUUUGUUCUUAACACUAAUAUUGGAAAUUGGUGGUGGAAUUGUUGGCUUCAUAUGGAGGGACCAGGUACAAGACGACCUGCCAUAUGAAAUGAAAAAAUCAUUGCAAGAGCACGACAAUGAUAAUGACAUCAAGAAAGCCUGGGAAAAAGUACACGAAAAGUACGAGUGUUGUGGUCGUAUGGGACCAGAAGAUUGGACCACACUCCAAAAGAGCGUACCGUCAUCUUGUAAAACAUACAAAGCCGGCUGUUACUAUGAUAUCGAGAAGAGCUUGAAACGUACUUUAGAAAUGGGCGCUGCAGCAUUGAUUGCAUUUGGUCUCUUCCAGAUGUUGGUAAUGUGUUUCACUGGAUUGAUGUUGAUCAAAUUACACCGGGGUGAAGGAAAACAUUUCAUGGCAAACCAUAAAUAAGAACUAGAAAUCGUCGUGCGUAAUAUUUUUAUAAUUUUUGCACUCAAUAACAAUAAAUAGGUUUGGAAAAAUAUACAUAACUUCGGUCAUAUAUAACUAUUCUGUCAUUAAAAACGAUAUUCUGUAUGCAAAUAUAAUGCGUAAAAAACGUAUAUGUCAUUAAAUUCCUUCUUUCUCAGAA